CGGCGCAGCAGUGAGACGAGCUGGUUGACAGACAGCUUCGCGUUCUUCCGCUACGGUGAUGUGUCGUCGUUCACCGCUGUGCAACCGUGCCGUCGCGCCGUGCCGUGUCAGCUCGCCGAUUAACAAGGAGUACGGUCGCGCGGCAGCGGCGGCGGCGACGACGACCGGCGUUGACGACGACGACGACGGUGGAGCGUGCCGCGAUUAAUAAACGGGCAGUGUGUGGUGCUGUGGAGGAAGGGACGAUGACGACCGGAGGGAUAAUUUGGGUGGCGACUUGAGGGCAGAAAUGUUGAAAUUCGGCAGCAAGAGCGACGUGACGGUGGUGCAUCGCGCCACUAUUCGACUGUUCGACGACAACGAAAUUAUCUACUGCGACUUUCAGCCACAAGAAAAAGGACGAUACAUACUCGAAUAUGUGUGCAAGCAACUCAACAUUUUGGAGAUGGAUUACUUCGGGCUUCGUUACGUCGAUAAAGAAAGGGAAAGACAUUGGCUGGACCUAGCGAAAACGGCAAUCAAGCAAGUGAAAGACAUGCACGAGAUUUUGCUGUGCUUUCGCGUGAAAUUCUACCCGCCCGAUCCUCUGCGGCUAAAGGAAGAGAUUACCAGGUAUCAAGUGUACCAGCAGCUUAAAAGGGACCUGCUUUAUGGACGUUUGUGUUGCAGCCCUGGCGAGGCAGCGCUGCUAGUGGCUUGCAUCGUGCAAAGUGAACUGGGAGAUUACGAUCCCGAGAUCCACGAAGGGAACUAUAUCUCCGAGCACAAAUUGCUGAAGACGCAGACGCCGACGAUCGAGGAUAAAGCGAUGGACCUACAUCAGACUCAGUUGAAGGGGUUCACUCCGGAACAGGCGGAAAACUACUUCCUUAGGAUAGCCUCGCAAUUGGACACGUACGCGGUCGAUCCACAUCCGGUCAAGGAUCCCGACAAGGGCACGCAGCUUCAUUUGGGCAUUAACCAUUGUGGGAUCCUGACAUUCCAAGACUCACGAAAGAUUCAGCAUUUCCGCUGGUCGGAAGUUCAGAAGAUCAAUUUCGAAGGAAAGAUGUUUAUUGUGCAUGUGACGAUAAAUGAGGACGUGAGGACAAAGAAAAAGCAUCUCGUCGGGUUCAAAUGUCCCACAGCAACGAACUGUCGUCACGUGUGGCGGUGCGCCAUCGAGCAGAUGCUGUUUUUUACUGACGGAACUUAUUCUCUUCUUCAUGAAGAUUUAGUAACGACUAAUCAGUUGCAGAUCCUUAGCUUGAUCUUUCCGUAUCAAGGAUACAAAUUUAAAUAUACCGGAAGAACGGAGAGAGAAGUUCUGGAGGAAGCAGGACCACUCCGGAAGGAGGAACCGCCGAUACAACGCUGCCAGACGACGUGUUUAAGAAGAAAGGCCAGCAGUGUACCGGCGACCCCCAGCACACCGAGCCAGGAUCUCGUUGAAAUACGAUAUUCUAGCUUACCACGUAGCUGUCACAGCGCGGGUCUGGACGGCACCGGAAUGUUGGAGGGCGGUGCGGGAGUUCCCCUUAGCUCGCCCUACUGCCCAGACAAUACCUUGCCCCUUCUGGAGACUGUAUCCGAGGACCAAGAGAUUCAUGCCAGGAGAAACAACGCCGUAGACGAAAAUGAUACGCAUGCGAGUGCCACCCACACGUCUACUACUACCAUCACCACCACCACUACCACCAUCACCACUUCCAACACCACCACCACAAACCGUGCGAAAGCCAAACUGAAAUUUCCCAAGAGCACGCUGAACCGACCGCAACCGUUGUACAGUCAGAAAAUAGUGAUAGGCUCGGAAGAGCUGGCGGGGGCGCGGCAUAUUAACGCCCUGAUUAACGAGCGAUGUCCAAUGGUGGUACGGUCGACCGCCCUGAUAAUCAAGAGCUCGAAGGCGCCGGCGAGCGCCAACGGACGGAUCCCUGUCAGAAGCGUGCAUUCCGCGCACGACGGUAAAACGCGGGUAGAGGUAAGCGAGAUCGACGACGGGGUAGGCCGCGAAACGACGACGAAGACCGCCAACGGUUGCGCGAAUCUGGCCGCGAGGCCAGGACUGUCGAAUGGAUUCGAUCACUCGGGACAACGGCAAGCAGCAGUCGGUCAGCAUGAGGGCGAGGCGAACGAUUACUACUUCAGGGACUCCUUCGACCACUCCUCGUCGGAAAGCCAAUUGUUGGACGCGUCCGGUAAGCCGCACAGCCGUUCGGUCACACCGGUACCGAAGAUGCAGAAACUGCAGAAUUCCAAGCUCUGCCUCCAGCAGCAGCAUCAUCAUCAUCAGCAGCAUCAGGGCGUACGACGCGUGGCUAGCGGCAAGAUCAAACACAGGAGCUUGCAUGUGAUCAGGAUCUUUAUACCGGCGUUCAUGCUGACGAUCACGGUGCUGUUCAUCGUGACGGUACUAGUGUUCGAGACGGACACAACGCUGUUCAACAGCCUGCGUAAGACGCCGGAAAUGGUGGCCUUAAGGAGCCAAUAUUAUGUUCCGAUCAAGGAGUUCCUGCGGACCAAGCUCGGCCUAUUCUGAUGUGACAAGAUGACCGGGCCGAAGUCGUCCUACGUCAUCGCGUAGCUCGCUCUCCCUUCAGUGCCAAGUUGCUAGGAUGGACUUGUGAUUGAGAGUAUUUACGGCCCACAAGUCGCGGAGAAAAGAACAUACACCUCUUUUCCCUAUCAUUCCCUUCUUCGUCCCUACCUCCCUUCCCUCGUUGCGCGCCGUCGCGUCGCAACUUGGUCGCAUGAGCGUAAGUGCUUCGGACCGAGAAGAUCAAAUGCUAUCGAAAGCAGAAGAAAAGAAGGCCGGAAGGAAGAAGAGAGACGAGAAAUAUCGCGUUGAAGGGAUCAGCCGAGGUCCGAAUCUCACGCGAGGAACGUUCUGAGUUCCAAUUUAGUCGAUAGGAAAUCAGAAUUCUGUAUAAAAAAAGAAACUGUACAAAGAUUGUAGGUAUUUAAUCGAGAUGUAAGCGGGAUGUAUGUCUAAAACUGUAUUUAUGCGUUUUUUUAUCGUAAUACGCUUAUUGUUUUUACGAAAAGCGUUUUACAACCACGCAUUUUAUUAAGUUUCCUCAUUAUUUAGUUUCUCAUUAUUUAACUUGAUCAUUUAUGCCAGUCGCUGCUGACUCGUCUGCUACUUCUCUCGACAGAAUGUGGAUCCAUAAAACCAACAUAUUUAUCUUUUAGAUGAUAUUAAGU